UUUUCCAUUUGAUCCUUUAUCUGUUGCGCCUCUGCGGACCGGGGGGCGGGAUCUGUUCGUCUGUCGCACUCUAUUUUCCGUUACUCCCCGGCUCGAGACGGCCCAGAUCUGCUCAACAACUGUUUAUAUUGAAAAUUGUAAUUCUAAAUCCAUCAUUGUUUCCUCACAAAACUGAAGAGAAGAUGUCAGACGUUCACAGCAGUUUGUCAGCCCCUGAGCUUGACACACAACUGGAAUCCUUAUUUGUGCAACUUGAGGACGACAUCUUUCAUUUUGUAAAGAAUGAACUGAAAAGACACCAAAGAAUUCUGAGUUCAGCAUCUCAGUCGAAAGAAGACGACGUGUUGGACGGUGGCAGCAGAGAGGCGUUCCUGAAGAUCUUGCUGCACUUCAUGAAGAGCAGAAAGCAAGAGAAGUUGGCCAACCGUCUGCAGAGCAGUACUCUUGCUGCCGCUUGCCAGGCUGAACUCAAAUCUAAGCUGAAGAAAAAAUUCUCCUGUUUAUUUGAGGGCACUGCAAAAGUGGGAGACCCGGCUCUUCUAAGUCAGAUGUACACAGAGCUGCACAUCACACAGGGAAGGUGUGAAGACGAUGGUGUGGAACAUGAGGCCAGACAGGUUGAAAUUGCAUCAAGGAAACAAAUCCAAAAAGAAACUACAAUAAGUUGCAAAGAAAUAUUUAAACCCUCACCUGGAUCAUUCCAACCAGUCAAGACGGUGAUGAUGAAGGGGGUGGCUGGCAUUGGUAAGACGGUCCUUACACAGAAAUACACUCUGGACUGGGCUGAAGGCAAAACCAACCAGGACAUAGACUUCACAUUCCCAUUCACUUUCAGAGAGCUCAACGUGCUAAAAGACAAGCGCUACAGUUUAGUGAAGCUUAUCCAUGACCACUUUAUUAAAGUUAAAGAAGCAGGAAUUUGCAGGUUUGAAGAGUUUAAUGUUCUGUUUAUCUUCGAUGGUUUGGACGAGUGUCGACUUCCCCUCGAUUUCAAAGGCAACGAGAUCCUGAGUGACGCCUCGGAGGUGACCACAGUGGACGUGCUGCUGACAAACCUCAUCAGGGGGAAACUGCUCCCCUCUGCUCACAUCUGGAUGACCACGCGACCAGCAGCGGCCGGUCUGAUCCCGUCAGAUCUGGUUAACGUGAUCACAGAGGUGAGAGGCUUUAGUGACCCACAGAAAGAGGAGUACUUCAGGAAGAGAUUCCCAGAGGAGAAGCUGGCUGAACGAAUAGUUUCCCACAUCAAGACGUCCCGAAGCCUCCAUGUCAUGUGUCACAUCCCAGUGUUCUGCUGGAUCAUUGCAACAGUUCUGGAAGAGGCGCUGAAAAGCAAAGAAGAAGCAGAGCUGCCCAAAACGCUGACUGAGAUGUACAUUCACUUCCUGGUGGUUCAGGCCAAACUGACAAACAUCAAGUACCUUGGAGGAGCGGAAACAGAUCCUCACUGGAAUCCAGAAAACAAGAACACGAUUCUGUCUCUUGGAAAACUUGCGUUUGAGCAGCUGAGAAAAGGCAACUUGAUUUUCUAUGACUCAGACCUGACAGAGUGCGGCAUCGAUGUCAGAGCGGCCUCCGUGUACUCAGGCGUGUUCACACAGAUCUUUAGAGAAGAGAGUGGGCUGUACCAGGAGAAGGUCUUCUGCUUCAUCCAUUUGAGCGUUCAGGAGUUCCUGGCUGCUCUUUACGUCCAUCUGACAUUCAUUAACUCUGGAGUCAAUCUGCUGUCAGAAGAACAGCUGGUUUUCAAGACGUCCACAACAAGAAGUGCCGAAUCUGCAGUGACACACUUCUACCAGAAUGCAGUGGACGAGACUUUGCUGAGUCCAAACGGACACUUGGACUUGUUCCUGCGCCUUCUUCUCGGCCUCUCGCUAGAAAAGAACCAGAUUCUGCUUCGAGGUCUGCAGACACACAUAGAAAGUGGCCUGCAGACACAGCAGGAAAUUACAAGAUACAUCAAGAGGAAGAUUGAGGAGAUUCCCUCAGCAGAGAGGAGCAUCGUUCUGUUUCACUGUCUGAACGAGCUGAACGAUCAGACUUUGGUAGCAGAGAUCCAGGGGUUCCUGAGUUCAGGGAACAUCUCCAGUAGGAACCUCUCUCCUGCUCAGUGGGCGGCUCUGGUCUUCAUCUUGCUGACAUCAGACAAAGAACUGGAUGUGUUUGACCUCAGCAAAUAUUCAGCUUCAGAAGAUGCUCUACUGAAGCUGCUGCCAGUGGUCAAAGCCUCCAAAAAAGCUCAGCUGAGUGGCUGUAAUCUGUCAGACAGAAGCUGUGAAGCUCUGUCCUCAGUCCUCAGCUCUAAGUCAUCCAGCCUGAGAGAACUGGACCUGAGCAACAACGACCUGCAGGACUCAGGAGUGAAGCUUCUCACUGCAGAACUGAUGAGUCCUCACUGUGCACUGGAAACUCUUAGGCUGAGUCUAUGUAACCUCUCAGCAAGAAGCUGUGAAACUCUGUGCUCAGUUCUCAGCUCAGAGAUCUGCAGCCUGAGAGAGCUGGACUUGAGCAACAACAACCUUGAGGACUCAGGAGUGAAGCUUCUCUCUGCUGGACUGAAGACUUGUGCUCUGGAAACUCUGCGGCUUUCAGGUUGUCUGAUCACAGAGAAAGGGUUUGAAUCUCUGGCCUCAGCUCUGAGCUCCAAUCCUUCCCAUCUGAGAGAGCUGGACCUCAGCUACAAUCAUCCAGGAGAGACGGGGGUGAAGGUGCUGCUUGCUGGACUGGAGGAUCCAAGCUGGCAGCUGGACACGCUGAGGUUGGAGCCUUGUGGUGUCCAGUGGUUGAAACCAGGUCUGAGGAAGUAUUUCUGUGAACUCACUCUGGACCCAAACACAGCAAACAGAAACCUCAUCCUGUCCGACAACAACAGAAAGGUGACGUGGACCAUAAAAGACCUGUCGUACCCGGAUCACCCAGACAGAUUUGACUACUGCUGUCAGCUGCUGUGUGCUGAUGGUCUGACUGGCCGCUCUUACUGGGAGGUGGAGUGGGAAGGAGAGGAUCUGAUAUCAGUGAGCUAUGAAGGAAUAAAGAGGAAAGGCGGAGUAGCCGACAGCAGGUUUGGAGGAAAUGAGCAGUCGUGGAGUCUGUGCUGCUCUGCUGGUGGUUACUCUGUGUGGCACAACAACAGAGAGAUCGUCCUCCACUCCUCCACCUGCUCAGAUUCCAACAGAGUGGCAGUGUAUGUGGACCACGCUGCCGGCACGCUGUCCUUCUACACGGUGUCCUCUGACAUGCUGAGCCACCUCUACACCUUCCACUGCUCAUUCACUGAGCCUCUCUACCCCGGCUUUGGCUUCCUGUUUGGUUUCAGGGUCUGCUCAGGCUUUUCCCUGGCUCUGUGUUCAGUGGGCGGCUCUGUUCAGUUUAGAGUCUCCGGUGUACAUGACAAUGGUCAGACUGACAUCAGCCAUGUGUGAAACAAAUCAGCCUCACAAUGACAGAGACACAUUGGAGUUCUGAUAACUUUACAGUAUUUUGGCAUCUUAUUAAUAGCUUGGCUGAAUUGCGUUUUAUUGUGCUACUGGCGUCUCCUACCACUGCACCUCAUACACUUUACUGCUGUAAUCUGAAAGUCAGAGUUUAAAGUGUCUCAACUAUGAAAUGUAAUCACCUUUAAUUCCUUCAAAACACUACAUACCUGCAGUUGAUGUAAUAAAAGAGCAUCAUAGUCCCUAAGUUAGAGUAGUUCUUAUUAACUUUAUUCCUUCUUACAAAGACCUUUACAUAAUAAGUGAUGUUAUUUUUCACUUGUGUAAUCUAACUUAAAGCAACAUUUUAUUGUCUAAAACAUAAAUCUGUCUUUUCUUUCAUAUCAAACGAUAAUUAAAUGUUAAUAUUCAAUUUAAUUUUCCGGGAAAAUAAAUGAAAUAUUAGUAAAGUAGAGUGUAGUUAACAUAACGCUAGUUCUUUUCAAAUAAAUGCUUUAAUAAUACCUUGUUUAUUCUAGACUUUAUUGUAGACGUGUUAACACUGACAGAAUUGUGAUUAUUGACAUUUAAAGGCGUUUGACUUAGUCCGACUUGAUGUUAAUGUUUGUGUCUUUGCUUCUAUGCAAAUGUGACAAAUAAAUAAAGGACCAUUCAUUCAAAAACA